UAUGAAGGGGUAUUCGAGAGGCAACCCGCAAUAUUGAUCAGAAUGGCGCCGGAAGAGGCGAAGGAGUUCGCGGACGCCUACCAGAAGGAACCGUACUGGGAACAGAGAUGGAAGAACGCAAAUUCGGACUCAACCACAUUCACGCCGGGGCGCCGCUUCUACCGAUCGGAGGACGGGCUCCUAUUCUUCCUCGACGCGGACUUCCUCCCUCGGCUGUGCGUGCCGGACAGCCUAGUCCCACGUAUUCUUCGCACAGCGCACGAAGAGCCAAUGGAGUGCGCCCACGGA